UUUUGAAUUUUGAUUGAGAAGAAGAUGAUGGAGACGAAGAAGAAGAUGAAGAAGAGUACACAAGUGGUGCAAAGUAAAGAUUUUGAGAAGAAGGGUGUUGCUGGCAAUGGUGCUAGGAAUGGAAGCUGUGGAGAUAACAGUGUUUUUGCUUCUUGUUCGUUCUCAAGCCUUGGCCUUCAUUCCAGUUUGUGUGACCAACUUCGUGAUAGGUUAGGCUUUGAAGCUCCAACUUUGGUGCAAGCUCAAGCAAUUCCUGUCAUCCUCUCCGGGCGCCAUGCCCUGGUUAAUGCGGCCACGGGCACAGGGAAGACUAUUGCCUACCUGGCUCCUAUCAUUCAUUACUUGCAGAGUUAUGAUAACCGAAUCCAGCGUUCUGAUGGAACAUUUGCGUUGGUUCUUGUACCGACGCGAGAGCUAUGUUUGCAGGUUUAUGAAAUUCUUGUGAAGUUACUGCACCGGUUUCAUUGGAUUGUUCCAGGAUACAUUAUGGGUGGUGAGAAUAGAUCCAAGGAGAAAGCCAGGCUGCGCAAAGGUAUAUCAAUUCUUAUAGCAACUCCUGGGCGCCUUCUAGAUCACUUGAAGAAGACAUCAUCAUUCGUAUACACAAAUUUGCGCUGGAUAAUUUUUGAUGAAGCUGAUCGGAUUUUGGAAUUAGGAUUUGGAAAAGAUAUAGAGGAAAUACUAGAUCUUUUAGGUUCAACGAGAACCGGGUGUGAUGACCAAGAGAAUGCAGUUCCUGGAGCCUCUAAAACUCAAAGACAGAAUUUGCUAUUGUCAGCCACCUUAAAUGAGAAAGUAAACCACCUUGCCAAAAUUAGUCUAGAGAAUCCGGUGAUGAUUGGUCUUGAUGAUAAAAGCAUAGAACCAAUUUCAACAACUGCAAGCCUUGAUCACGCAGAACCUGAUGAAGACAGUGAAGAAAAGUAUUCCGGUAAAAUACCAACAGUUGGUGAUUAUAAAGUUCCUGUACAGUUGAUUCAGAGACACGUGAAAGUGCCUUGUGGUUCACGCCUUCCUGUACUUCUUUCAAUUCUAAAGCAUCUUUUUGAAAGGGAACCUUCACAAAAGGUUGUGGUAUUCUUUUCAACAUGUGAUGCGGUGGACUUUCACUAUUCACUGUUAAAAUCAUUCAAAUUUUCGUCAUAUCCACAAAUAGAAGAAGGGGACAAACAAAUGUUUCUGGGAUGCAAAAUUUUGCAUUUACAUGGUAAUAUGGAACAGGAGAACCGAAGAACAAGUUUCCAGGCCUUUAAAACUGAGAAUUCUGCUCUGCUUUUAUCGACUGAUGUUUCUGCUAGAGGUCUGGAUUUUCCAAAGGUUAGAUGCAUCAUACAAUAUGAUUGUCCAGGGGAAGCUACUGAAUAUGUGCACAGAGUUGGUAGAACUGCUCGCCUGGGGGAAAAAGGAGAGUCACUAUUAUUUCUACAACCAAUUGAAAUAGACUAUUUACAGGACUUGGAGAAACAUGGUGUCUCACUAACAGAGUAUCCUCUCCUCAAAGUGUUGGAUUAUUUCCCCCUACAUGGACAAAGUAAACACUUAAAGAAAUCAGUUUUCAUAGACUCGCAUCCCUGGGUGCUCUGUCUACAGAAGGCACUUGAAUCCUUCAUAACAUCCAAGCCCAAGCUGGAUGAACUUGCCAAGAGGGCAUUCUGCUCUUGGGUCCGUGCAUACACAGCCUAUAAGGGUGAUCUGAAAAAAAUAUUUCUGAUCAAGAAACUUCACUUGGGGCAUGUAGCAAAAAGCUUUGCAUUGAAACAACAACCCUCCUUAGUUGGAAAGUCAUUCCAAAAGCAAAUUAAGAAGAGAAAGAGAUAUGAGAAGAAUAAUGGGCUGUCAAAUAAGAGAAAAGUUGCGAGGGUGACAUAAUGCAGACCAUGAAAAUGGCUGAUGCCAUGAUUUUGAUGAAGCAAAUGAUGUCAAAUGAUGACAUUGGAUGAUGGAUCCUGUGAGACCAGAAUCCAAAUCAUGCAUCAACAAAGUGGUCAUUAAUAUCGUGUUUGAAUUGGUGAUGACAUACAAUCUAAAAAAUGGUAACUCUAGAAGCUACCUUUGAAGCUUCUCCCUAUAAUUGAUUAUAGGACUUUCACUGCGGAACCAAACACACUACUACUGCAGCAUCAAGGCCUUUUGGCCCUGUUCAUUCUCAAAUUGCUAACCUGGGUUUUCUUAUGGCUGAUGCUUGCAUGUAUACACUAAUCUACAAUGUGCUUUUAGUUGGUUUGGUAAUUUAGUAUUAUUGUCACAUGGAGCUGAGUCAAUUUGUUACUUGUUAGGUUCAUAAUCCUUUCAAUAGAUAACUUGUGGCUCAGUGGUUCUUGUUCAUGCAACUUCAUUAUUAUUGUUAUUUCGAUCUAUAAAAGAUAAUGCUUUCUAUGUA